AUGAAGGAAUACACAGACAAGGUGGGGAAGUUGAACCUUUUCAGGAAUCUCUCCCUUGGUGCAAUCUCGUUUCUGCUGGUCUUAUCCUUUAUUUUCAAAUAUUACCCACAUGUUAGCGGUUAUGGUAAUGAAGGUGUUUAUGCCAUUAUGGAUCCAAAAUGCCCCAGUGUUCCAAAAUAUAAACACAAAAAUUCAGAUAUAUAUAAAAAUGUUUUGGAUAAGAUCAUAAACGAUGAGACUUUCAGAAACCAAUCGGUUGCCAAAAUGCAACAGGCCGUCCAAAUUGAUACAUCAAGUUAUGAUGAUGAACCUACAAAUGUCAGUGACAAUUUGGAUAAGUUUCAACGUUUCAAUGAGUUUCAUGAUUUUCUAAAGGCAGAAUUCCCCAAUUUUCAUAAGCAUUUAAAACUGCAUCAUGUUAACCACUUUGGAUUGGUUUACAUCUGGGAAGGGUCGGAUGAAUCACUUAAACCACUUUUGCUAAUGGCACAUCAGGAUGUUGUACCAAUUAAUGAAAACACUUUGGGUGAAUGGAUCCAUGAGCCGUUUUCCGGCUACUAUGAUGGGAAGUACCUUUACGGAAGAGGGUCAGGUGAUUGUAAAAACUUAUUGAUAGGACAUAUGGAAGCAGUGGAAGAACUGAUCAAGCUUGAUUUCAAACCAAGAAGAACAGUCAUUUUUUCCUAUGGUUUUGAUGAAGAAGCCAGCGGCAUUAGGAAUGAGAAUGCUAAAUUUAUUGAAGGGUUGUAUGGCCCGAAUUCACUAUAUGCAGUGAUGGAUGAAGGUGGUGUGUCCUUAAUGGAUAUUGGUGAAACCAAAAUGGCUGUUGUUGGAACAGGUGAAAAGGGUUACUUAGACCUCUCUAUUUCUAUACAAAAGAAAGGAGGACAUUCUUCAAUUCCACAAGAUCAUACCGCAAUUGGUAUCAUGGGUAGUUUGAUUGUCCAACUCGAAAACCAUAAGAUGCCUACCUAUUUCACUGAACUCAAUCCCACUUUCUACCAAUAUGUUUGCCUAGCUGAAAACUCAGUUGAUAUUGACGAAUCCCUCAAACAGGAUAUACUAAGAUCCCAGAUCGAUAAAAAGGCCAAUGAAAAUGUAAGACAUUUCAUAAAUAGAGAUAGAUACUCAAGCUAUGCAAUUAAGACUACACAAGCAUUAGAUAUAAUCAACGGGGGUGUCAAGGCUAAUGCCCUACCCGAAUUUGUCGAGUUGAUCAUUAAUUCAAGAGUUGCACUCGAGGAGAAUAUUGAAAUUGCAUUUGAGAAAUUCUUGCAAGAUACAGAAAUUAUAGCAUAUCGCUAUGAUCUAGGUUUGGAGGUUGAAUUACCAUAUGGUAAUGGCACUCAAGAACUCAUUGAACCAACAGAGAAUGGUGUCUUAACUAUUAAACCAAUUCAAAUGUUAGAACCAUCGCCAAUUACUCCUAUAGGUGAUAAACAAUGGGAAAUCUUUGCAGGGACUAUUCGUCAUGUUUAUGAGAAUCUUGCAUAUAGUGAUGAAUACUCUAAUGGUGAAAAACAAAUAAUAGUUACCCCAGGCUUAGGUACCGGAAACACAGAUACCAAGUUAUACUGGAAUUUGACGGAUCACAUCUACAGAUAUAGACCCGGUGUUCUGCCAAGUGUGAAUGCCAAUUCUCAUGGUAUUAAUGAGUAUAUUGAAUUUGAUUCCCAUUUACAAAUUAUUGCCUUCAUCUUCGAGUAUAUCCAAGCUGUUGAUCAAGUAAGUGACUAG